AUGUAUCAACCGCCGGUGAACUAUCGAAAAGGCGAAGAUAUAGGUAAACAUGUUAGCGCAUCGUCAAGUGUUUAUUCACCUAUAGAAUCGGAGUUCGCUUUUAAAUACGACAGGUCAAAUGACAUAGAGGAGGAAGGAGACCUGAGUGACAAGUAUUCAGAUUUGUCGAUUGAAAGUUAUCGAACCAUAAGAUCCUCAGAAGCCUCGGAGGAUGUUUCCAAAAUGGAACCCGAACCAUCUACACAGACAUUUCAGACUUAUGUGACAGCAAGAGGUGGAACUCGUAAUCCUAGUUUUAGCUCGAUAAAUGAAUCGCUCUUACGUGGUGGAAGCGAUGAUGAGUGGAAGUACCACCAAAACAGCAGUUUUGGGACUGGCCAAGAAAACGACGUAACACCAAAACUAGUGCUGGUGCCUAAUUACAGUGCCGAAACAGAUGUAACGCCCAAGAUGGAUGGUGGAGACUUUAAUAAUGACUUGGAGGUUUCCGACAUAGGAGAUAACAAGACGAAAGGCAAGUCACCUCAGUUGCCCCAGCAUGAACUAAGCUCUAAGUUUAAAAGGUUGUCUUUGACACUACAACAGUCAAAUUUGGCUGCCUCUGGAGAGUCCCAUGAGUUUAUGAGCUCUUUUCACCAGAAUGUUGAUAGAGCAAACAGCACAUCACAAAAAACGGCCACUCGUACCAGUCUCUAUUACAACAAAAUCGAGGAAGUGCCAACUGAGAACGACGAACGUGAGGAUAGCAAAAUUGUCGAUAGAGUUAGAGACGAUUUGAACUCCGAAGUGUCUACUAUGAGUAAUAGAUCCAGUAUUUUGAGUGAAGCCAAUUCGGGACCUCCUUUAUCAAAAAGUCCAAAUAGACCGUUAUCGACCAUUUCCUCAGAUUUUGCCAAAUACGAAGAUGGCCAGUAUAAUGCAACUCAAAAUAACAAAAGAGGCUCUUACAACAUCAGAGGAUCAAAGUUAUCACCACAAAAAGCAGUAAAGGGGCCAACUGGCACCCAUGAUGAAGUUCCAAUAAGAAGAGAUUUGGUUUACAAAUUUGAACAAUUAUCAACUGACGUAGAUACAAGCAAUAUAAGCGAAAAGGACAAGAACAAGUUCUUUCUUGAAUCCGAUAAAGAAGCAUCUGAAGGCGAAGUAGCGAAUCAGGCUGAUGGUUUGAAUAUCAUAUAUAAUGGUUCUUCCUCGCAAGCAUCGUCUAAUAAAGGUUAUACAUCAGAGACUACAAAGGGAAGGUCCUCAUCGGUUAUUUCAAGUUCUCAAGCUGAAAACGAUUUAUCUUCGUUAUUCAUUCUUGCUUUGCAUCCCUUUGAUUCUUCUACCCUUCAGUCAGAAGCUGAUGCAUCUAUUUGCUUAUCAUUCGAUCGCGAAGAUAUAGCAUUUAUUCAUACAAUUGAUGAUUCGGGGUGGGGAGAGGUCACUCUAAUAGAAUCGCUUCAAAGAGGUUGGAUACCUAUGAAUUAUUUCAGUACUAUAGUUGUGGAUAAUGAUGAGGAUGAAUCAAUUACUGAUAUCGAGAUAAGUGCUGAUAAAAUUCCGAAUAGUAGCUACCUUGGACCUUUGUUUCAUGCAUGUGGUAAAUUCUUAAUAGAUCCGUUAAGUCAUAAAAAUCGCCAUGGAAAAUACACAUUUUCCAUCAGAGUAAUAAACUCUAUCAGAGAUGGUGUCAGGCUAUUGCUCCAAGAAACUGAUUGUCUUUCUCGAUCAAACGAAAUAGUAACAAAAAGACCAAUCGUUAGAAAGAGUCGAAAAAGCUUAUUAGCGGAUUGGUAUAAAUUAAUGGUAAAGGCCAACGAGUUUAAAGGAACAUCGAAUUUUGACAAGAUUGAAUUUUUGACUUUAAUGGUGUAUCAGGUUACUCGGAAGGCCAUUGAUUUUCUAAAAGUAUGGUCGAUCGAGAGUAGGCAGAUUGUACAGUCAGAGAGUGAGAAGAAAUUACAUAAUGAUAUGAUGACUUAUCCCCUUUUGUCGGCUCCUCCCAUGGCAAAACAACGUGUGACAGAAAUCAAUGGUAUACUAUACUCAUACUUGGGUCUUAUAAUUGGCCGCUUAGAUCUUAUUGAGCAUAAUGCGGCUGGCUGCGAUAUCUUGGAAACUCUUACGCAUCAGAUUAUCUUAUUAUUAAGAGAGCUUCUUUUCAUUUCUAAGAUGGGCUCGGAUUUCUCAGCUGAGAAGCCAGCUGACUUGGAUGGAGCCUUGGAUACGCUACUUUCUCUCGUUAGUGAUUUGGUGACAGGUGUCAAGAGUUUGGUCAUCAAAACAGUGAGCGAAACUGAUGAUGAUAGGAGAUAUCACAUUAACAAAGCGACAGCAGGCGUUAAAGAUUAUUAUUAUACUCAAGAGGGAGGUGAUUUAAUUCAGAUUGCUUCAAAAAUGAUAAGCUCUAUUAGUGUUACGGUUAAUGCUAUUAGAAAGCUAUUAGAUGUCACAAGUGACUUCAAAUUAAAUGCUAAAAGGUCAUAUCCUGAUUAUUCCAAGAUUAAGAUUGAAGCUGAUGAAUUUAUAAAGAAAUGCUCCAUUGGAAUUGCCAAGUCACAAACAAUCAAGAAUCAAGACUUGCGACAACUUCGAAGCAAAGGAAUCUCUUAUACCAACAGGUAUUCUAUGAUGCGCACAGGAAAGACGGGCGAACUCUCGUUAACCCCUGGAGGUGCAGAUUUGUUGCGCGACGCCCUAGAUAUCGAUUCAACGCCAUUUAGCGUCUCAAAUGCUGAAUUUGAACCUUUUACAAAUACUAAAGAUGGUGCUCUUCAAGAUAAUAUUAACAAUGAAUUAUUGGUCGAUAAAAAUGGCAACUUACUUGGAGCCUCUUUCAAGGGUUUAGUUUAUACACUCACUAACGAAGAUUCCCCACCAGAAUACUUUUUUGUAUCCACUUUCUUCAUAUGUUUCAGAAGUUUUGCAAAUGGAAUUGACCUUAUAGAACAAUUUAUCACUCGUUUUGAUAUUGAUAAUAAGUCUUUGAAGACGGUUUCUAAAGAGGAUGUAUCUUCUGGCAUGAGACUUAAAAACAGAAGAAGAUUGAUCGUAAAAAUGUUUCAAUUAUGGAUGGAAUCAUACUGGAACCCUGAAUUGGACUACUCUCUUUUGACGACUUUGAUCAACUUCUUUAAUGAAGGAAUUGCAGUUCAUUUACCUUUGGAUUCAAUGAAAUUGAUAGAAGUUGCUGCCAAACUAUCACUGAAACCUUUAAUUGAACAUCAGAAGCCAUUGACAAAACAGAAGAAUAGAAAACAACUCAUUAAUAGAUCAAUCACAAUAACGAGAGCAAAUAGGAGACGGAAUUCUUCUGUUAACUCUCUUUCCUCCAGAUAUUCCAUGGUCGACGGGUAUGAGUUAUCUAAAAUUAAUACAAACUCAUCAACUUCAAGUUCUCUUAAGUCAAUGACUUUGCCAUUACCGUUAGGUGUUGGGAAUCAAACUUCUUCUUCGAACUCUUUAUUGACCAAGAACCAACUCAUUACAAUCGAAAAGGUGAACUUAACGUAUAGAAGUAUCUUGGGAACUAACUGGUGCCCCCGUCAAUAUCUUGAUACGAGGUCGUUCGUUCCCUUGGACCUUUCAAAAAUUUUACCGAAUUGGUACUCCGUUUGUGAUCAAAAUUGGGUGUUGUCUAACUACAGACCAAACUUGUUAGAUUUCAAUGGGUUAGAGAUUGCCAAACAGCUCACACUUAUCGAAUCCCAUAUGUUUUGCGCAAUUAAGCCUGAUGAGUUGUUGAAUGAGAAUUUUACAGCCAAAAGAGCUUACUUGAAGUUAGCUCCGAACGUGAGGCAAUCUUUAUUGUUUACAAACUGCUUAUCUGGGUACGUGUUAGAAUCUGUAUUACAGCCCGACAUUUCUCCGAAAAUGAGAAUAAAUAUGAUGAAAAAUUGGUUGAAGAUUGCAAUAUCAUGCUUGUACUUGAGAAACUUCAAUUCAUUAGCCGCUAUAAUAACGGCUUUGCAAUCCCACUUAGUUACCAGGUUGACUAGGAUUUGGGCUGAACUCUCUGAUAAAUACAGGGAAUUGUAUGAGUAUUUGUCAGGCAUUGUCCACCCAGACAAGAACUACUCCGUUUACAGAAAUAAAUUGAGAAACUUUUUGGUGAACAAUGAUUACAAUAUACCAAUUGUGCCGUAUUUUUCUCUCUUUUUGCAAGACUUGACGUUUGUAACAGAGGGAAACCCCAAUUAUAGAAAGGCUAACACAUUUUUGAACCAAAAAUUAAUCAACAUUGACAAGUACUUGAAGAUAACGAGAAUAAUUGCCGACAUUGAGAGUUUGCAAUUGCCGUACUUAUCAACAUUACCUCAAAAAGAAAACAAGAGAAGCAGCAUGCUCUUCCCUAGUAGCAGUAAACUGAGCGAUGUCGAGGACUACAAUAUCAUUUCCGUCGAAUCUAUGCAAGAAUUAAUUUUAUUCGAACUUUGGAAGGUUUGCGAAUUAAAUAAGUCUGACGAGGAUAGGGCAUGGAAAUUGAGUUGUGCAAUACAUCCAAGAGAAGCAAAUUAA